UUCAUGAGCAAGUUCAGGGUUCAGUUGAACCAUCUCAUCAGUAUAUAACAACCCCAGUUUUCUGUGAAGAUCGGAACGCCCUUGUAUCACACAAUCCCCUCAAAGUGAUCAUGUCUGGCCCCGAGAAUCCCAUGCCCCCACCAACUCUCAAGCCCCAAGUGUCCAAGCGGACCAUCCUCAUGGCUGGCCUCCCCUGCGAUGUCUAUGGCCUUGAGGAACUUGCCUCGGCAACGUUAUCGGAACAGGGGCUCUCUGGUCUCUCGUGCCUGUGGCUCCAUCACCCGCGCACCAGGAGCAAAGAAGACAUGGGUUCCUUCGCAGACCGCAUCAUGAGCGAAUGGCAUUGUCGACAAGAACAGCAGCAACAACAACAACAGCAGCAGCAGCAGCAGCAGCAGCAGCAGCAGAAGAGAAGCAGCAGGGGGAGGCGCGGACUCCUCGCCCUAGCGUUUGAUCAACGAAACCACGGAGGUCGGAUGGUCGAGGAGCGUGCGAACCGGGCGUGGCGCAACGGGAACCCAGCGCACGCCGUCGACAUGUUUGGUGGCAUUGCGGGAAUGGUAACUGACACCCAGGGGCUGAUGGACCUGGUAGCUGGCUACGUGAGGAUGGAGGUGGAGUCGAUCCUUCAACGGAGUGGCGAGGGGAGAGGCGGAAGCAGGGCGGAAUGGGAUGUCGAAGUCGACCAACAUCUCGUGCUGGGCGUGAGUCUGGGCGGGCAUAGCGCAUGGCAGGCCCUGUUCGCCGAAGAAAGAAUCAAAGCUGGUGUGGUCAUCAUCGGCUGUCCUGAUUACAUGGCGCUCAUGUCUAACCGGGCGAAGUUGUCCAAGCUCACUACCUUCAGGGCAGACGACGACGGUGCUUCGUUCCUGGGUAGCAGAGACUUCCCCCGGGAUCUCGUCCGCGCUUGCUUGAGACAUGAUCCCAAAGGUAUUCUCUUCGGCACUGCCCCUAUUCCGGAGGCCACUGCCACCCUCUCCCCAGAGGAACAGCGCAGGUUGCGGGGCAUUCUGGAUAACCACGUUCGAGGAAAGAAAGUGCUGGUCUGCUCGGGCGGCGACGACAAGUUGGUGCCGUAUACCAUGGCCCGUCCGUUCGUGGAGUUUUUGGAGAACGCUACUCGGACAUGUUACGCCGACCUUGGCUUGGUUGUGGAAAAUAUAGUAUACGAAGGUGUCGGCCAUGUAUUUAGUGAUGGCAUGGUGAAAGAUGCUUGCCGAUUCUUGCUUGACGAGGUGGAGUCCGCUCCCGUAGCUGAUACAUCUGCGACAGAGUCAGGCUCUAGGACUGCAGGUGAUGAGGGUCGGUCGAAGAUCUAGACGGCGCUGCACUUAAUAUUAAUACAUGCACGAUCGUCUAUGAAUAUCUGCAUGCAUUCGU